UUGUGGGGGCUCGUCCGGGAUCAGCAGGCCGUACAUCCAUGGGCUACUACUGAUCCAAUGAUACUGACUACCAGGACCUCUCGUGUUAGAUGUUUCCGGAGCCAGGAGUGACCCAGUGUGCAGUAAAGAGGCCAGUAACCGGUAAAAAGGGUGUACUUGCCUGCAGAGUGCAGCACUGUGGACUCAAGUGUCCGAAAUCAGCAAGAUGUCUUCUGGUGAGAGAAAACAACUAGUAUGGAGCAUCAAGAAAAAGUUACACCAGCUAACAGGUAGUGAAGCCCACCUCAUCGCAACUUCUCUUGGAGACGUGGAGGGACUGGACUCCAGUCAGCUGACUCAGAAUGAUGAAGAAAGUUGUGUUGAAUAUCUGACUACCUACCUAACAUGUCCAACAAUCCUGGGUCGUGAGGACCAGGGUUUGCCAUUAUUAAAAAGACUGGAAUGUUUCAUAGACAGCACUAUGACGAAUCGUGGACAUACUACAGUGUCCUUUGAAGCAGAAGCAAGUACAAGUGAGCAGGCCAUUUCCCCUGUUCAGCCACAAGAUGGUUAUGACCCACAGGGACGGAAUCCAACACCAUCUUGCGCCAGCCAAUCUCGCAACCAGCAGGCAACUUCGGCAUCAGUUCCACCAGCUACAGGGGACCCACUUCUCCCGACUCAGCGAUGCUCACCACAGUACUCUGUUCCUUGUUCAGGGAACAUUCCAAGUCACACUGGUGAGAGUAUGAUAGCCAUGAAAGAUUUGCCGCUGCUGUCCCGCAGAGAAUUCAAAGUGCAUGGGGGAAUGAUUAGUGACACAACAUCAGAAAUCAGUUACAAUAGCAUCUGUAAACAGAUAGAUGAGGGUCUCAGGGAGAAUCAUACUCCAAAUGAGGUGAUUAGAGGAGUGUUACGUGCCAUUAAGCCAGGUAACUUCCGAGAUAUGUUAACAAUAAAAGACGAUCUCACAGUUUCUGAGCUUAAAAGUUUCCUGCAGUCUCACUUAGGUGAGAAAAGUAGCACAGCACUCUUCCAAGAUUUAAUGUGUGCUAAGCAGUUUGAAAAUGAGACCCCUCAGCAGUUUUUGUAUAGAAUGAUUGGACUGAAGCAAAAGAUCCUGUUCUCCCUCAGACAACCAGACUGA